AUGCAGUUUGGCUGUGCUGAACUGAAGCCUCCCUGUAGAAACGCCCCGGCACCGCGCUGCAACCACAUACAUAUUCGCACGGCGCACAGACACGGAAGCGCAAGCAUGGCCGCCACCAUGAAGCUGUCACUCACCUUCGUCCUCCUCCUCUCCGCGCUGGUGGUGUUCGGGGACGCCGGGGCGACCUGCGACAACAUCCGGUGCAUCCAGGGAGGGUACAUCACCUGCAAGAACUACCCCGGCCAGAAGCUCGACGGGUGCGCCUGCGUGUGCGCGCCCAAGGACGGCAAGGGCUGCGUGCUCCACCUCGACAGCGGCUCCACCAACAAAUGCACCAAGUACUGA